AUGCAAAAUUUAUCUUUAUCUCUAGUCAUUCUAUCAGUUCUCAUUGCUGUAACUCUUGCUUGCAAGUGUAGAGAGCAAUCAACCAAGGAAUCAUUCUGCAAUGCUCACUGGGUUUCUCAUGUCAAAGUGAAGGUCCGUGUAGGAAAACAAGGACUUCCAGAAGGAUCCGAGAGAAAGGGAUUGAAUAAUUUGAGAUACACUGUGCAACAUGUCGAGGUUUUUAAGAAACCAUCCAACAUGACAACUCUGCCAGAUGAAAUUUUCACUCCAUCAGAAGCUCCAGCUUGCGGGCUCAAGAUUGCCGCCGGUCAUGAAUAUCUACUUGCUGGUCGUGUUGAAGGACCAAAUGCUUUGUAUACUGUUCUUUGCGGUCAAGUACUGCCAGAUGACAGAUCUCAAACGUCAUUUGAAAACGUUCUUGAAUGGAAAAAUGUUCCACAGACAUUGCAAUCUCAAGUCAAGUCUAUCAAAUGCUAGAAAGAAAUAAAAACGAUUUUAUUAGUAUUUGAUAAUAAAACUUUAAUGAAUCUG